AUGGCAGCGAUCUCAACCCGUAUGCACCACCCACGUCCUGCCUUCCGACGCGGCGGAACUCCGUCCACCUCCUUCCUUCGCUUCGCCUCGCCGCCGCCGAUUCUCCUCCAGUCCCGCGCCACUGCGAUUCGUCCGCUGGCUCAUGCCUCUGCGCGGCGCAACGACGACGACGACGCGCUCACCUACCCGGUCGCGCUCGCCCUGUCCGGCGGCUCCUGCGGCGGUUGCGACGACUCCAGCUAUUCGUCCUCCUCCUCUUCGUCCUCCAGCGAUGACUCCACUACCGACUUCAUAUACGGGUCCGAUGACUCCUCUGCUGAGCCGGAGAAGAAGGAGGCGAAUACGACUCACGAGUCGGUCGGCACAGCAGUGGCUCCUCCGGUGCCCCCGAGCGACAUGUGGCUUUGGGGAGGCAUCGCCGUGUGGUUCGCCGCCAUGGUCCUCUCCGCGAAAAACGGCUGGCUGUCGAGUGAGACGACCUCCGUGACCGUGGUUAAGCUCCAGGUUGCCGUGCGGGGUAAGGAGAUGGUAAAAUCGGCCCAAAAGGAUCUGAACGCGAUUGCUGAGAGCGUGCAGGCUUCGAACCAACGCUGGUACAAGUUCAUAUUGACCGGUUUGGUUGUAAUAUUCAUGCCCGCUGUUCCGUACUUUGUUUGGUCUAUUCUGAUGAAUCGCCUUUUUUUUGCAGAGACCAUGUAUAUCUUACGUCGUAAUCAGUAUUUCUGCACCUCUUCAAGCUUAUCAGUUGUCGCAGCCGAAGAGAGUUCUUGGAAGUGGCAUUUUGACAUAAUUUCUUCCCAUGAGAGGAGCAAGUUUGAUGAAGAAACACUUUCGAACUGGAACGGGUUCAAGCGAAAGGAAACCUACUCCAUGAAAACCGACGGCAGCAAAAACGAAUACAUAGUGGUAACCAUUCUUAUUGCUACUAAUGGAACAAUGAACCUCCCCAAGGUGAUCAGAAGCGCUGCCGAACUGGAUACAUUGGCGGCAUUCCUCAACUCCAGGCCUGAAAGUGGCCUUCGGGGUGUUCGAGUCCUGUGGACGCCUCAAGAUGCGGAUGACGUUCUCUCGGAGGAGAGGAUGCGGAAGGAUUACCCAAACCUGAAACCCCUUGCAUGGUGA